GGCCGUGCUCCGGGGCGCGGACGUCUACUGCUGCGGGGUGCUGGCCGCCUCGCCGCGGCUGGCGGCGGGGCAGGGGCUGCGGCUGUGGGCGGUGCCGGAGGGCACCAAGCCGCCGAACCGGGGCGCGCUGCUGCUGCGCCCGCCGGGGGAGCACCCCGCCGUGCUCGUGGCCGCGGGCGAGGCCGCGCUGGGGCGCGGUGCCAUCUUCGCCGAGGGCGCCAGCGGGCUGGCCGUGCGCGUCUCGUGGCGCCGCGGCGCGACAGCGCCGGUGGCGCCCUUGGGCGAGGCGCUGGACGGGUUGCAGGGCAGCUUCUUCCUGCAGCACCUGCCCUCCUGCGCGGCUGCAAGGGCGCUUGCCCCCCAGCCGGGCGACGCGGUGCUGGACAUGGGGCACCUCGGGCCAGGGGCACCUCUGGCGCCGCCCGGCCGGCUGCUCGGCCGCGGCGGCCGCGGCCUGGUGGCGGUGGACCG